AUAAAAAGAAUACAAUAACGCACCGACUGCGCGAAAAGUUCCAUCGACGAACGAGCACCUCAAAAAAAACCGAGAGGCGCGCUGUCAUUUUCGCUUCCCCUUGGGGUUUUGCCUCUCUCUCUCACUCCCAUAGUUUGCUUGCUUACCUCUCCCACCAAAACCUCACCCACUUCAAUUCCCUCUCAUCACUAUAUUAAGGAUUAUCUUGCCGACCAGAUUUCAUGCUUUUGCUUGGUAAUUUGAUUUCUUGGAGUUUGUUCAGUUAGGCAUGGAAUUGGAGCUCCCGAGGUCUGUCAACUCCGCCAUGACCUUCGACGAGGUUUCCAUGGAGCGUAGCAAGGGCUUCGUCAAGGCAUUGCAGGAACUAAAGAACCUGAGGCCUCAACUUUAUUCUGCUGCAGACUACUGUGAGAAGUCCUAUCUCCACAGUGAACAGAAACAAAUGGUACUUGACAACCUGAAAGAUUAUGCUGUACGAGCCCUUGUGAAUGCUGUUGAUCAUCUUGGAACUGUAGCAUACAUAACCGAUCUUGUUGAACAGCAAACUUUGGAUGCCUCAACCAUUGACUUGAAGGUCUCUACCCUAAAUCAGCAACUUCUUACGUGCCAAAUUUACACUGAUAAAGAAGGUCUUCGGCAGCAGCAAUUGUUAGCUUUCAUUCCCAGGCAUCAUAAGCACUACAUCUUGCCAAACUCUGUCAAUAAAAAGUGCAUUUCAGUUCACAAAUACAAGUUGAUGCAAGGAAAAAUCAAUUUCAAACUAGAGCACGCACUCGACCUUCAGGAAUCCCUGCAGCAAAAACUCUUUCAUGGCAUUUAGCUUCAGAAACCAAUUCUACCUUGAAAGGGAGUUCACGUUCUUCAAAAAAGUAAAUUGGGAAUAUUUAAA